GCCUCCCUUUAGCAAAAUGGCCGCCUCCUUGCGACGAACUUUGUAUAAUAAUUCUUGUUGCCAUCCUUCUUAUUUUGUUCAACAAGGUUCUCAAUGCAUAACAUACACUCGUUGUCUAAGGAGUGUAUUAAACAGAUGUUUCAUAUUAAGGAAUCAGUCUAAUGGAACGUACAUGAGCAAUCUGAUAACAAAAGAUUCUAAAGUUGACAAAUCAGUAGCAGAACACCUGGAACAGCAAAGUGUUGGCAAAUCAGGCCAUAUUAACUAUAGAUCUCACCCAGGAGUCAUAAACCGCAAAAAAUCUAAUUUACCAUCAAGACUUGUCAAAGCUAUAAAAAUAUUAAUAGAAAAAUAUCCAGUAAAAGCACUUGCAGUGCAAACAGAGAAACUACUGAGGUAUUUACAACACAGACGGAUUCCCCCUAGUGAUUCUGUUCUAACUGAUAAAGCAAGGGAAAUUGAGAGCAAAAUACUUGAAAAAGACGGCAACAUAUUUGAGGGGUUAUCUGGCAGUUCUUUAAAAGAAGCUAUAGAGGCCCACAAAAGAAAGAUUUUUUUAAGAUUAAAAAAAACUGUUUAUCAUUGGAAACCAAUGCAAUAUGAUGCCUUUACAUCAUAUGUAUAUUUGGUGUCUUCCAUCACAUUAGAUUUUGCUGCUGCAUCACAAUGUUUUACUGAGAUAACAAAGCGAGAUCCAGAUUUCAAACCCUUAUCUGUCUAUCAUCUUGGCUCUAAGGUUGGAGCAGGCAUCUGGGCUGCAGACAAAGCAUGGAGAACUAUUGGAGAACAUUACUGUAUUGAUUCAUCUCCUCAUAUGAAUACCAUAGCUCAGUUGCUAUUACAAGAUGGUAACGAACAGUUACAUGUCCAGAGUAUUCCAGGUGUAUAUUUCAGGCAGUUUGAACCGAGUGCAAAAGAGCACAAACAUCCCUUGGUUGUCAGCACAAACAUUCUUAUAGAACAGCCUUCACAACAGGAGAGACUUAAACUGGUUCAAGAUUUAUGGGAGAGAACACAGAACUAUCUUAUUCUGAUUGAGUAUGGCACAACCGCUGGCUUCACCUUGAUAAAUGAAGCCAGAGAUUACCUGAUAUGGCUGUCAGCAGACCAACCUGAAGAUUUUGAAGGUCAUGCUUUUGCACCAUGUCCACAUGACAGACCAUGCCCUAAAAAUGCUAGGCAGCAGCUGUGUCUAGCACAAUGUACUCUGCAUGAUCAGCCAUUGACCCCAAUAAAACUGACUGAAAAUCCCAAAAAAACUGCAAGAUAUUCAUAUCUGAUUUUUAAGCGAGGACCAAGAGAGAAAGCUACAACAUGGCCAAGAGUAAUACAAGAGAGUAAAGCAUCAAAACACACACAUCUCCACCUGUGUCUUCCAUGUGGGGACUUGCAACAUGUUGUUGUGACUCGAGGGAAAUUUGAAAAGCAUCUCUACAGUUGUAGUCGAAAUGUUGAUCAAGGUGAUUUAUUACCAGUUAGCCUAUCCAACGAACCCCUCAAGCCUUCCGACAAAAAUGAGAACAUAGAAGAAAUUAGCAAUGAUGAGAUAGAUGAAGCAAAUAGCAAUGAUACCAGUAAGGUUAUUACCUAACAUGUGAUAUUCCUUUUGAAUUAUUUAAAAAUAAAUGUACCAUGCUCCAA